UGACCCCCCCAGAGCUCCCAAAUUUCCCCUUCCAGGAGCAGCUCCGAGACCAAGGCCCUGUUUGAGAGGCACAGGCCCACCCACGUCAUCCACUUGGCCGCCAUGGUCGGGGGCCUCUUCAAGAACAUCCGCUCCAACCUGGAUUUCUGGAGGACAAACAUCCACAUCAACGACAACGUCCUGCACUCGGCCCACGAGAUGGGGGUGGAGAAGGUGGUCUCCUGCCUCUCCACCUGCAUCUUCCCAGACAAGACCACGUAUCCCAUCAACGAGACCAUGAUCCACAACGGGCCCCCUCACAGCUCCAACUUCGGCUACUCCUACGCCAAGAGGAUGAUUGACAUCCAGAACAGGGGUUAUUCCGAGCAGCACGGCCGGCGCUUCACCGCCGUCAUUCCCACCAACGUCUUCGGGCCGCACGACAACUUCAACAUCGAGGACGGCCACGUCCUGCCGGGGCUCAUCCACAAGAGUCUGGCUCCGCUCUGACUGUGUGGGGAACGGGAAAGCCCAGGAGGCAGUUCAUCUACUCCCUGGUGAGUGGGGCCUUGGGAAGCAGGGAAUGGGGCUGGAAAGGCUGGAA